AUGCUCAAGUUCCUCAUGACCACAUGGAGGACAUCCUUAACAGUCAGCCAAGGGACAGAUAGUUACGAGACCCCAGAAAUAAAAAUCAGAAGAGGCAUCUUUCAGGGAGAUGGCCUGAGCCCACCAUGGUUUUGCUUGGCGCUCAAUAUACUGAGCAAAAUGCUAAAUAGAUCGGCAUAUGGAUACAAUGUCGAUACGGAAAAGAAAAUUACUCACCUUUUCUAUAUGGAUGACUUGAAACUCUAUGCGAGGGGACGAGCACAACUGGAGGGAUUAUUGGAGCUGGUUAGAAACUUCAGCGUGGAUAUAGGCAUGACACUGGGAUUAGAAAAGUGCGCGGCGAUUAUAGUUAAGAGAGGAAAAAUUGUGGAAGAGGAAAACGUGAGGCUGAGAGAUGGAAAAGAAAUAAAUACUCUAAGUACGGAAGAAAAAUAUAAGUAUUUGGGCAUACAACAAACAUUUGAAAUACGACAACAGGAAAAUAAAGAACAUGCUAAAACAGAACUACUUACAAGGGUUAAGCUUAUACUAAAAUCACAACUGUCAUCAAAAAAUAAAAUAAUGGCCAUCAACAUCUGGGCGAUUCCGUCAUUCACAUACACUGUGGGAGCACUCACAUGGUCGAGAACGGAUCUACAACUAAUUGAUAGAAAAAUUAGAACUACAAUGACACAGUUCGGCCUGCUGCAUCCUAACUCGGCCAUUGAGAGAAUUUACUUACCUAGGAAGGAGGGUGGCCGAGGCCUCAGUUCAUUAGAAGAUACCUCUAAAAAAGAAAUAGUUAACAUCAAAAAAUAUUUCAAAAAUACCUACUUACCAAUCCAUCAAUGGGUCACAGCACAGGAAAGUAUGGCACUCGAAGACGGAGAGGACAGAGAAAACUCAGCAGAAAUGCUUAGACAGAGUUGGCAAACUAAGCAAUUGCACGGUAGGUUCUAUGCAAGUCUGCAUCUGGAAGAGGUGGAUGUAGCUGCUUCCAAUAUCUACCUGACCCAGGGUUACCUCUUCCCACAGACAGAAGGAACGAUCUUUGCCAUUCAAGACCAAGUAGUGCCAACCCGAAAUUACAGCAAGCAUAUCAUGAAAAAACAGAUAGAAAGCACGAAAUGUCGGCUGUGCAAUAAUGCUGAGGAAACCACACAACAUCUAGUAUCGGGAUGCUCAGUUAUAGCCAGCACAAAAUAUCUGUCGCGACACGAUAACAUGGGGAAGGUGGUACAUCAACUUCUGUGCCUGAAUAAGAACCUCAUACAGCAUUUCACACCCCACCACUUGUACGUCCCAGCAGCAGUGAUGGAAAAUAACGAAACGAAGAUAUACUGGGACCUCACGAUACUUACCGACAUAGGAACAGAACACAAUAGACCGGACAUGGUGGUAUGGGACAAAAAGAAUAGAACGGCAGUAAUUAUCGACUUUGCCGUUCCGCAAGAUCAAAAUAUGAUGAAAACCUAUGCAAAGAAGAUAAGGAAGUACGAACCACUGUCAAGGCAGAUGAGAGACAUGUGGAAGUUGAGAAGGGUGGAAAUAAUCCCACUUAUAAUCCGUGUCAAUGGACUAGUACUAAAGAAAACUGUCCAGCAUAUCAAAGAUCUAGAAAUGCAAAAUAAUACCAUUACAUGGAUGCAAAAAGCCGUUUUGCUUGGCACUGUGAAUAUCAUCAGACAGGUCAUCUAUCCACACUGA